AUGCGUCGACAACGUCCGCGCCUCAAGCUGCGAUACAUCGAGCUCGACAGCAAGUUCGCCACCAAUGCUGAUGCGCCAGUACCUAGCGUCAUCGUCAACUCCGCGCCCCAUUGUUCGGCGACACUCGCACCAUGCAACGCGAAGAUCCAUGAUUGUUACCGCCUCCUCGACAAGUACGACUACGGCGACGACAUUCGCUGCGGUCACUACUACUUCUUCCACUCCAUCGACUUCCGGCGUAUCCACUCACAGAAUUUGGGCCGCCGCGAGCAUUUGGAUCGACAAGUAUCCAUAUCAGGAUUUCUUCAAGCUGCCCUCGCCAAGUGCGACAAC